UGAGUAUUAAAGCCGGGUUGUAUUCAUUGUCUAUGUUAUUUUGAUCUUGUGGGCCAGCAAAAUGGAAGCCGGUAAAUCACCUUGUAUGCUGCAAUUUCAGAGCGACGUAAAACUCACCUCUGAAGAAUUUGUUAAAGUCUUCAAGGAAUUCGACAAGGACGGUAAGAUUUUACACGCGAAAUCUCAGUAGCUUAUACUUAAAUCGCUGCUUGACUGACUAGCGAAACACAUCAGAGUUUCAUUUAAGCCAGUAUGUACAUAUUUCCUUAUCCAGGGAAUGGUUAUAUCGAGGCUGACGAAUUGAACUCGUUUAUGAUAACCCUUCUGCAAGAAACGGGAAAUGAGGUAAAUAUAAAUACUCUAUGCACAAAAGAAAAGGGUUGAAUAUUGGCGAACAAGCGGUACCUAAUGGCAACCAAAAUUUGCUUCAACGUGAUAUUUCUUAUAAAGGAUAACUCUCAAAAACACGAUGUAUGAACAAAAUUCAAACAGGCCCGUUUUCUUCUUAAAAUUAUAUAUCGUUGGUUUCUCAGUAUCAUUUUUAAAAACAAUGUUAUAUUUUUGAAGCUGGAUCGUAGUAUAUGACGAAUACAUUAAAGGAUUUAUUUUAAUACGAUCAUACAGAUCAAAUUUCAAAGUCCAUAAAAUUGUAACAAAAAAGUAGGUUGGGAUAAAUUAUCAGUUCUUUUGUUUGAAUUUCCCGUGAAAGUAUUUCAAAUAAAUACAAUAUAUUUUUUCACCGUAAUUUUCCGUUCUUAAAUAAGCUGAAGUAUGAAUAUUUUAUUUGCAAAAAAAGGUUUUAUAUUCACAAAAAUUGUUUUGUUUUGGAAAUGUAAAUAUUUAAAACCAAACUUGCGUUAUAACUAUCAAGAUGCUUGUAACAGUCCCACAUUGAAUGGCGUCUUCGUUCACAGUAUUGCUGCUUUUUAAAAACAUCCGCCAUAAGGAGACAUGGUAAUGCUGAAGAUAUCUUUUAAGGGGUUCCUUUUUUUUAAAAAAAAAAAACUCGUGAACUGUUUGGCAAUAUAAUGUAGUAUCUUGCUGCGAAAGCCAUUUCUGCUUAAUACCCCAAAGAUUUGAAGAAUUGGUUACGUUAACAACAACUUGCUAACGAGAGCCAUUCAAGUCUAAUCGAAGGCAAAUAUUCGACUGAGGAGGCUAGGUGUUUCAUUUCUUUUCACAUUUAUCUUCACAGAUUUUAUUAAAGCAUGCGAUCUGAUUGGAGGUUAUUUUCCACGAUGGGUAUUAUUUAUUGAUAGUUCUGCUCAUCACGAAUAUUUAUUUACAUUGCCACCUAACAUGCUCACUUAUCUCUGCAAACAGCGGGCAAAAAACAGUUUUUUUAAGUUGUUGAACCUUUAAAUGUUAGAACGAAUAAGUGUGAAGUACUGAACAAACCCGAUGAUUAAUAUCAGAAAAGGAUAAAAGGAUCUAAGACGCUCACUCAUAUAAAUUAUUCAGAACAAUCAUUCUCGCUUUCUUGGAACAAUGCGGCCUUUGUAGAUAAUAAGUACAUUUCUUAAUCUUUGGGGUAAUAGUAAUUGUGAUGUUAGUGAUUAAUAUUUUACUCUAAUAUGACCACAAAAUUAUUCAAAAGGCCCCACAGAAAGAAACGUAUUCAUUAUUAGAAGAUUUUAUCUUCGAACUUCUUUUAGAGCGCGGGGCAACCGAAAGACAGAAAUGAUCGGUCAGACGGGUAAUUUUAAAACUGAAAUAUCAAGAUGUUCUUGGAAUUUUUAUUAAAACUUGACUGCCUUUAUACUAUUUAUAUGUAGACUGAUCUGGCCAGAUAGUCCUUACCAACAGCGACAUUCUUUUGAAAUACUAAAAUGUAGUUUUGAUGACAAAAUAGACUUGUUUCUUUCUGAAAUAGAUUUCACAAAUGCGACGUGUUGAUGGCAUAAAAUAAUGUAAAGUGAUCAUUAGAAAAGUCGAUGCAGACUAUAGUUUAUAAAUAUUAGAUAACGUGGUUUAAACUUAAAUUGUUUCGUUUAUUUUUGUUUUUCUUGUGGUUCUUAAAAUCUGCUUUGGAAUGAAUUAUUUUGCUAUUAGAUUUUGCAAAAGUUAGUAGGCACCAAGAAGUAUGAUGAGGGAAGCAUUCAUUUCCGCCAAAUAGGUCCAAAUACUAACAUCUUAUGUUAGUUUACAACCAGAAAAAACAUGUAGAAAAUAAAAAAGCUUCUGUUUACAUGUUCCUUGUUUUGAGGUGCCUUUAAAAUUUUAUGUGAGAAAAUGCCGUUAAUGUUGUCAGUUUGAUCGUUAUAUGAUCAAUGUGGUUUUAAGGUUUCACUAAAAUGGCAAGUUUUAUAAAAUCCUCAUUAAAGUGAAGAAGAAGCUCAUAGAACUUUCUCUUUGGUCUCUUUGUUUAUUUUAGUUGAAAGUAGGACUGUAAAUUCCACAGUCUGUUGGGAAAGCUUUCUGAAAUUCACUCUAAAUGAGGUGGCCAGAAUUAUUAAAAAAACAUUAGCCAUGUUUUAUGGAAUGCUAAAUCAAACACGACAUUGUUUUAAUCGGGUUAGCUUGGAUUAAACCUUGCUGAGUGUGGAAUGAUCUCCUCUCAUCCAUGCCAUGCCAUUGACCUUUCUUUUGUGGCAUCACCCACUAGAAUUAUCUAAGUACAGACAUUUUGUUGUUACUGUGAAGUCCGAAAUUUAUUUGAUUCAGCUCGGUGAGGUAACGGUCGUCAGCGCGAUUUUAUUCCAGAAUGCUUUCAUAUGUCAGGGCGGGGGCACGGUUUGCUCCUACACAGAUUUUUGUUCAUUGUUGAAACACUCUCUAAGCUAUCCAGAGUACUUUUAGAUACAAAGAAAUUCAUCUUAAACAGCGCUAUAAAGGGGCAUCUAUUCGGUCAUCCAUUGGGACAACUUGAGUCCUAGGGUUCUAGGGUUAUUUUCCCGAAAAUUUAAGAGCAAUAUUAAUUUGGGGCCUUACGAAGGUUGCUCUCUUCAUUAUCAUUCUUCUCUUUAUCUAAUUUUUCAAUCCGAAAAUUUUGUUUUUCCCUUUUACUUCGAAAUACACCUUAACCUAGGGGGUGCAAAGUGAAAAAAUGAUAAAUGGGAAAAUAGGGAAUUUAUCAGAUAGACUUCGAAAAUCGUACAUAAAUGGUAUAAUCAUCCAGAAAUGUUUGUCGUUCUCAAGUUAUAAUAUAUUCUAAGCAAUAUUUUCUUCUUCGAACAGAUAUUUUGAAAACUUUCGUUGGGUGCCUCUGCAUGUGGCAUCAAGGAAUUAAACUUACUACUUAUCUCGUGACAUAUCACACAGCCAGAGAUUUUUCUGCCGAACCUGUUUCUCUGAUUAUACAGAGGUUAUUCGUGAACAUAUACCAGAUAGACUGAUGAAAUGUACUUACUUAAUGAUUUUAUUUCAUAAAGCGGUAGGAAAAACAGCUUUGCAGACUUUUCAAUGUGUUUUAAUUCUGAUAUAAAAUUAUUUAACACUUGAUAUUAGUAUUUCUAAUAUAGCUAACAUCUUGAUAUAAUGCUAGCUUUAAUUACUCUUUUGCUGGACCUCAAUCCAAUCAAGGUUUUUUCUUUCAGAAUUAAUAAGUUUAAAAAGGGAAAUUUACUUAUUUUCAAAUUUUGAUUUGAUUGUCACUGUCUGGGAGCUGAAUCUAUUAUAUUAAAUCUAGUCAAAGUCUGUUUUAUCUGUUUCCGUAAACUACUGGUUUGGGGAAACAGAUAGAGUAGAAUUAUGAUUUUUACGCAGUAAUGCAAACUUAUUAGUCCACUGACAGUGAAAGGAUGAAAAAACGUAAAGUGCAUUUAUUUAGGUUAUGUUGCUUAGUGGACUCUUGACGUCAUACGAAUUAAUAAUCAGCCAAGUCGACGCCAUCUUAGAUUUUAUUGAAAAAUGGAUGAUAGACUUCACUGAUUUGGCACAUUAUUAAAUCUUAAUCUCACAUUUCUGCUACCAGAUUUGAAGAUUUGGCUUCUUAUGACGUUAUACCCGCUAUUGUAUGAUCACCAAGUUAAACCUUGCCAAAUUGUAACUCGUUAUUUGGCCGAAUUUAUACUAGAGAUAAAUUAUUCGUCUUGUAGGAAUUAUCCGUCUAAGACGGAUAACUCGUCUAGAUAUAAAUGCGGUGUUUAGACGAAAUUUGGUCAGCACUUCUCAUAGAAAUUUUAUAAUUCGUCUGUCUCUAAAUCUAUAUCUAGGCGGAAUCAAAGAUGGAUUUUUAUUGAGUUUUGACUUCAGGGAACUGGUACCUAUUUUUCCCUUUAUCGAAACUCCAAAUCCCUCUAAAUUCGUACUACGAAUUUAUAAUCUAGACCAAUUAGUCGUCUGAUGGAUAACUGUCUCUUUCGGCUAAGUGUGAGCGUUCUUUGCAAAAAAAAAAAGGAAAAAUAGGCUGUUUUAUUGCCAAUGACGUCUUUCUACUACUGAGACUUGGGUUCAUUUCGUUUUUUUUCUUUCAUGUUUAAAUUUGGUAAUCCCUGAAUGAGGAUUAAAGUAAAAAUACUAAAGAAAAACCCCAACAAUUAGCACAAGAAAGCAAAAUCCUAAAGGAUUCUCGUGGUUGUAGUAAAAUGACGUCAUCAUGCAAAUGGCCUAUAACACUUGGCAGUUUGCAAACUAUGUUUUUACAUGUACUUGUUUAUGAGCUUAACUUUUUAAGAUCUUUUAUUUCAGAAACCAUCGCAAGAAGAAGUUGAAAAGUUUAAGGAGUACAUACUAGAAAAAUUCGAUGAUAAUUCGGAUGGGAAAAUUAGUAUGUGCGAGGUAAGAACGAUUCAGUGACUUUCCCUUAUUUCGAAAGGCUUUGUCGUUUGUUUUGGUUUACUGGGAAGGAGGGAAGGGUUCCUUUCUUACUCUUCUCAUCUCAUCUAUCCUCUUCGUGCCUCGUGGCACAUAGGGCCUUCACGGAGUCCAUCCUUUUAUCUUAAUUACCCGCAACGGUCUUCACUUCCUCCCACGAUUGCCAUCCUGCUUCUGCUCUUUCCUUUUCAACCGUUCGGCCCCCAGGUGGUUUUUGAUCUUCCCAUUCUUCUUUUUCCUUCUGGUGCCCAAGUUAUUGCCAUGCUGCAGUCGUCGUUUUGGUCCUGUCUUAGUGUAAUAAUAUCCCAUCAUCUUCCAUCUACGCUGCUUAACCUCUUCACUCAAGUUAAAUGUCUGCUCUUUCUAACAGCUCUUAAGCAUUGACAUGUUCCUGCCACUGGAUCUGUAGGAUUCUUCGUAGACACUUGUUAUGAAACACUUCCACUGUUCUGUCGUCCCACUUCUUCAUUUUCCAUGUUUCACACCUGUACAGCAGAACUGGCUUUACCAGUGUUUUAUGCAGUCUCAUUUAAUUUCGUUCUUCUUAGGAUAUCUUAAUUUUGAGCGCAAUGCCAGAUCCUCUUUCAUCUGACAAAUGCACUCCUCACUCUUGAGAAUCCGUUUUUCUGGUCUUUCAUACCACCUCCCUCCUUAUUAACUGGAGCUCCUAAGUAAGUGAAUUCAUCACUUCUGCUAUUCCUUGUCCAGUUAUCAUAAUCAUUUCUUGGUUCUUUACAUUAAUUCUCAUAACCUUUUUCUUUUUCAUGUUGAUUCUCAAUCCACUCGUCAGGCUGCGUAAUCAAUUCUUGCUGUUUUAUCCUGAAUCUGCUGUUUGGUAGAAGAGUUUAGCAUUACAUCAUCUCCAAAGUCUAGGUUGUCUAAUUUAGAUCUGAAUUUCCACCUAAUACCAUUCUCACCACGACCAAUGGUCCUUCUCGUUACCCAAUCCAUAACAAUCAAGAACAAAACAACUGACAUGUUACAUCCCUGUUUGACGCCAGUUUUAAUGCCAAACCACAUGCCUAUCUCUCCUUAGUCUUCUACAGCACACUUGCAUGAAGUCUUCAUAGAAUAUUUUUACCAUUCUAAUGAUCUUUUAUGGGACUCCGUAUUCCUUCAUGAUUGACCACAUUUUUUCGCGGUAAAUAGAGUCGAACGCAUUUUUAAAUUUUAUGAAGUUCAGAUAGUGUUGCUUGCUACUCGGUAACCUGCUCAAUGAUGCUCCGCAGUAUAAAUACUUGUUUUGUCGUCCUUCUUCCUUAUCUAUAUCCUUCCUGUCUUUCCUUAACCGGUCAUUGACACCACUUCUUAUCCUAUCGAUAAUAAUCCUGCAUACAUCUUUCCCACAACAGAUAGUAAAGUUAUACCUCUCCAAUUCUUGCAGUGCUUGGCAUUUCCUUUCUUUGAUUGCUUGAUGAUUAGCCCUCGCGUCUAACUCUUCGGGAUCCUCUCAUACUGUCAUAUUUACUUCAUCAGUUGAUGUAUUUCUCUGCUGAAAAUUUUGUCUGCUUUCGGUAACUCUGCUGUUAUGGCGUCAAUUCCCGGUGCUUUCCCAUUCUGUAAUCCCUUUAUCGCUGCCUCGCCUUCGCCUAGUUUACUUCUAUCUCUUCUGCAGUCAAUCUUGCCCUUACUUCACUUUUACUACCGAUGAGGUUUCCAUUUUUGUCUGGAACCGUUGUGCCCUGUCUAGAUCUGUCAUUGCACAGAAUCUUUGCGAGCCCGCAUAUUUAGUGUCUUUACGCCUUUCCUCUUUAAAGCUUCUUCUGCUUCAUCUGCAAUGCUCUCCAUCCAGUUCCUUUUAUUUGCUUUUAUACUCCUCUUAACCUCUCUGUCCUUUUCUGUAUACUUUGCACUAAUUUGUCUUUUGACUCUUUCUGAUCGUGUGCUUGGGAUUAUUUUUAGUGAUUUGUUCCCUUCGGUCUACAAGGUUCCAUGAUUCGUCACUGAUCCAUGGUUUCUUCCUCUUUCGUGGUCAAACUAGAAAUUUUUCUGCAACCUCAGGGUACUCCUUCUCCAUCACUUGAAAGUCACGCUCUAUUUCUUCGUCUUCCUCUGCUGCUAGCCCUUCAUCUUCAAGCACCUGGUGUCAGGGCUACGCUAAAUGUUCUCAAGAUGUUUUCAUUAUUUAGCCUGGUUGUAUCGUACUUGACUCUAAUUCUUUCCUUUUCCUUCGGUUGGUUAAACAACCUCAAUUUCACUGUUGUGCAUAUAAGAUAAUGGUCACUUGCUGUAAACCCUAGUGUCUUUCACUGAAUUCCUAAGUCUUUUAUCAAUUAGUGCGUGAUUUAUCUGAUUCGUAGUUAUCCUAUUUGGCGAUACCCAUCUUGUCUUGUGGACAUUCUUAUGUUAGAAGUUUGUUCCUACGAUAACUAGCUCAUUCAUAUCACAAAUUCGCACAAUCUCUGUCCAUUAUCAUUUCUUUGUCCCAACUCAUGCAUUCGUAUCACUUUCAUUGGCGGAUCCUUCCGUCUGUUGCAUUUUCCCCUGACCUGUCUAGUGUGUUUCGCUAAUACCCAUGAUGUCUAUGUUUCUACUGGUCAUUUCUCUCGUUCGCUGCGCAAUGUUACCACUUCUGUACAGUGUACGUACAUUCCAGUUUCCGAGCUCUAUGAUGUUUUUGGGGUGUACCAGUGGCCUAUUCAGCUCGGUGGCGUCCUGUUGGCUUUCGCCCCCGCGCAUUAUAGAGUCACUCCUUUUGUGAGGACAGGCCACAGUGUUCCGUUGAUAAUGUGAAUUUUCUCUGCUUCUGGUUUUCUGUAACAACAGGGUUUUACUGGAGAGGGUUAUCAGCCCCCAACCCCCAACUUGAAGGACCAGGGGACCGCACUUAGUGUAGUCUCUAUUCUUAGACCUGUUCAGCAUAGGUGGCCCUACCAGGAUCGUCAAAGACUUCAGCCGACAUAGGUCUAUGGUUCAUUGAGACACCCAAACCACUCCACCAAAGUAGAGGGGUGGUCUUCUACGUACUAUUAAACUGUAUUGGGUUUGCACCGCGGCAUAAUUUUUUUUUUUAAUUUCACGCUGGAGAAAAGAGCAGACUAUAACUUGAGGAUUCCAUCAUGAUUCCCCAUGGCCGCCAUUUGGUCAAAAAAAAAAAUUCAGGAUGAUUGCACAGGCCUUACCCUUUUGAAUUGAAGACUCUUUAACUCCUUCGCUAAACCUUUCGAUAGAUAUUUGGUGCGAUGAUUCGAUCUCCCGUGUUCAGCGAUCCCUUUAGAUUCAUAGGAAAUUAAAGCAGCUUUGGUUUCGUAGAAAUCGCGAGAGAUAAAAACAGAAAGAUGUUUCUGUUAGAAAGGCAGCACUGACCUUACGGAAAAAUGAACGUACAAUAACUGAUGAUCUUAAUUGACAAUGGAAAGUAGAGAAUUGAUUUUUAAUUUGUUUUUAUGCUAAAAUUUUAGGUGUAACGAUUUCGUCUUCCCUGAGUUAAAAACCUUGGCUGAAACACAUUAGGCCAUUAUCAGUCAAAUCAUUUUUCAACCGCUUUUAUGCAAAAAAAAGGAUUGUGAAUCAGGUAGAACAGGCCGUUUCCGAGAUGCCUUAGAGCUUGGUUGCAAAGCGAGGCUAAUUGCAAAGCUUUUGACAUAUAAAAUAUAUUAUAUAUGUAUAGACCAGUAGGUGAACUACUCAAAUCCUGAGUGCAUGGGUGUUUAAUACAAGCCUGUUUCGUAGGCCACCGAAAAGGUGACCCACCCUUCAGUUAAACUCCAUUAUAACACUGAAGCGUCAGGGUCUACAUCAAAAAAAAUGAUCGCGUGAUAAAAACGGUUACAUAUAACGUUUGAAAUUUAAAUUUGUAAGAAACUUUAAAAUGAAAAGCGCGCGCUUGCUCUCAAUCGCCUACAACUCUUAUACGAAACUUAAGUCACACGAAAGCUCGCGCUACAAUCUCUGCCUUUCACAUGUUCGAUUGUACCUUGGGAUGAACUUGCGUCGAUGUUUGCUUGUAGAGACAAGUUCGUUGCGCUUGUUCAGUGUUGCCAUGUGAGGCCUACAGAUUAAAAACAACUUCUCUGUUGUACAUAGAUUGCAACGUUUUGUAUGGUUGGUGUAAGAUUUUGCUUUGGCGAGUAUUUUUCCUCGUGAUAUUAAAUUCCUUAUUUGCCUCCUUUAGCUGCCACAGUUGCUUGCUCAGCUCAGUCUCAUUCCUUCUCUUUUCAUGUCUAAAUGAAAUCAGGUGGUUUCUGUAUCUUGCCUUGAACUGAGUAGCUGUGAGACCGAUGUAUGUCUCUUUUUUGUCUCCGGUUGUGACUGUGGCUUGGUACACGACUUCACUCACCAGGCAUUCUCCGUUCAGCGGGCAGUCUUCUUUUUUCCUACAGCUACACGUGUUCCCUUCGUUUUUCUGUGUCUGCGCUGUUUCUGCUAUCUUCAGGAUGGCUUUGUUGUGGCUAUCUAUUAUUUGCUAGACGUUGGGCAUGCAGCUGUAGCUGAGCUUUAUGGUGUUCCUGUUGAAAAUUUUCCUCAAUUUGUGACCCGCUGGGAAAGAUCUUUAAAUGAGGCUGAUGAACGCACGUCCGAUGUUGGUUUUGACGCUUUUGUUAUAUGGUGGAUUAAACCAUAUAACAUUUCUUUGUCGUUUGUGUUUCUGUGAUGGUGGUUUCUGUGGUGGUGGCUUGAAUUCUAGUUUAAAGCACAGCCACUCUUUCGUAAUGCUUCCUGGUACGGAGCAAAUGCUGGAUAGCCGCCGGUUAAUUGCUAAUGGGGUGUGGUGGAUGGUUUGGAGUAUGGUUCGAAUUUUCCGGUGUUUAAAUCCAGUGUUACAUCUAGGAAGUCAACAACUUUCUUGUUUGCAUCAACUGUGAUUUUUAGGUUGUUGUUCGCAAAUAUUUGGCAUAUUUGUUCUUUUGCUCUCUCUAUCUGCCUUGGUGUUUGAUUGAGUAUGGCAAGCCUGUCAUCUCUGUAAAGGCCGAUUUCGAUGCCAGGGAUCUGCUUUAGCUGCGACGGGAGAUAACAACCCACCAGUUCACAAGUCUCCGCUCCGUCGUAGCUUCCCAUGGUUACGUCAAAAUUUGAUGCUGAAUUUCUCUUUUCCCAUGGUUGGCCUUUGCUGAAUAGCAGGGAGUGCUUGGAAUUGAUGACUGCUUGUCGUUCGUUGGCUGAGAUGUUCAGGUGUUCAGAGGCGAAGUCAAGGGCGUGUUUUAGGAGGGCUUUGGUAAUUGAGGGGUAAAAUUCUACGACGUUAAAGCAUAUAAAUGCCGAGUCGCCUUUAUUAGCCAGCUGCUUGAACCAUUGAAGCACAGAGGAUGUGUUCUUCCACUGGUUGACUGUUGUGAUGUCGACGAGUUUCCGAUUUAUUUCUUCCAGGAUUUGUUUGCUUAUAAGGCCUAUCUCCGAGCAAUAAAUACCACUUAUUAACCUCUUUCUUUCGGUUAUUACAGGGAAAUAUCAGACCGAGGCCGUGAUGUAUUGCCCGAGCGGUCAUAAGUUAUUCUUUAUAUCGAAUUUUAGCGCGUUUUUCUUUAGUUGAAUAUAUACAAUAAGAAACACCGAAAGUAAUUUUCAACAUCCACCCGAAAGAGGUCAUUCGAGGUCGUGUUUACUGAACCGAAACAAACCUGGCGAUGCGAUCGAAACCACAAGACACAUUUUUUUGACAAUGAGAAUUUUUGAAUCUGAGUCUGUUAUCAAUUAAAAUUAAUAACUGCUCAACUGUAACUUAAAAAAAAAACGCCAUUUCACGAAAAUCUUGCCCGCUUAGUGGUCAGAAUAGUGUGUGCGGUCUCUGGCUUUUGCUGGCCAGCAAUAACGUUUGUUUUGUACAGCAAAAGGAUGUAGUUAUGUAGGUAGGUUUAGGUAGGUAAUAUUUAGGUGGGUUGAUGAGAAAGCAAGUAAAAAAGUAAAUUUUCCAGUAAAUGUUACUCAUGACAUUGUGACCGCAAUGACUAUUUGGUCCCUGCUUUAAAAACAUGACCACAUGUAAUAAUUUAAGUCUUUGUUGUCCUUUCUAGCUUGAGAAUAUCCUUCCCACAGAGGAAAACUACCUUAACCAGUUCCGGACUGAAUUUGAGUUGGAUUCAAUGGACAGCAUUAAAUUCAUAAAGGUAAGUAACCACUUAACUGCACUUUGCCGUCUUUGCUGAUUAUUCCCGUCGGUCCGAACCGAAAUGGUCCGUUCCAUUUGAUUUCUAACCGAAAUUUCCAGAAUUUUGGGCUGAAUGUGAAGUGCCCCAGAGCUCAAACAUUUUAUUUUUGUGAAGGUUUGAACCCAGGAGUCAACUCAUAAGUAGGCUAGGUUGAGUAUGAUCGUCCAGGUGAACGAAGUCCUGAAUAGGACAAAGAGCUCUUAAUAGGACUGUUAUUGUUGACCGUGACUCACGUUUCGAUAACCUGUGCGGUAGUCAUCUUCAGAGUCAAACUGAGUUGUAUCCCGUCAGUUGAUGGUAUUCAACUCUGUAUAGUGACCUGAUUGGUCAAUUAAGUGGCCAUGUUUUUUGUCAUCUGUCAGUUAAGCUGUAAUAUUGGCUAUGAACACUCGUAAUGUCAUUGGCGCGUUUCGAUCACUGUCACAUAUCACAGUUUCUCAUUUUAUUGUGUUGUUCUUUGGCUAAAUAGUUUAACCGUACUCCGUAUUGGCUAUUUUACCUUAUGACGUGUUUACUCCUAAUUCCCUUUACUUCUGAUAUGGAAUGCCCUAGGCGUGUCCCAAGUCGAAAUCUCUGAUAGCUUUUUUAUCCACGAUAUCAAGACCUAAAGCAUUAAGAAUCAGUUUAUUUCUGAUCUUGAAAGUUUAAGCAUGCCUCCAAUUUUUUUUUUAACCUUUCCACUCACUAAUACUAGCUAUAUCGAUCGACACUACAUUUUUCCACGUCACUGGAUCAGUGUAGAAAGUAACUAUGAAUAAAAGGAGAAAAUAAGAAGUGAAAGAGAAGAAAGAUAGAAAGUACAGUACUCAAAUACUCUUUCAAGUGAAAGCAAGGUUCUCCAUUUCUGUUAAAUUUUAGUGAAUUUUCAUUGAAAAACAAUAUUGAUAUCAUCUCUUUGCAGAUAUGGAACCAUUAUGAUAGUGACAUGAGUGGUUACUUGGAAGGAGAUGAGAUCGACGCCUUUCUUAAGGACAUGUUGCAACAGGGUGGUCAUAAUCUAAAUCCACAGCGAAUUGCUGACUACAAAUCUUUUAUGGUACAAUUUUUUUUACAAAUUAAGACGGGAUCCACCAGGACAUUGAGUAAUUUGAUUUUCAGUGGACAAAAAUCUUGUACCAGAACAAUUUAAAGCAUAUUGCAUUCUUUCUUACAUUUUUCAAGGGCUAAAGAUGUAAUAAAUGAUCUGCAGUAACGCCAAAAAAAAUUUCUUAUGGGAGCCCGAGAACGUGAAUGUCAAAUUUCACAUAAUUACAUCUUACACAUGAAAUUUUCAGAAUUUUACAUGUGUAAUCAAAAUUCUUGUGAAAUUUGACAUUCAUUUUCUCGGACUUCCAUGAGAAAUUUUCUUUGGUGUUAUUACAGAUGAUUUAUUACAUCUUUAGUGCUUGAAAAAGAUAAAAAAGAAUGCAAUAUUCUUUAAAUUAUUCUGCUUCAAGGUUUUUGUCCACAUAAAAUUAUAAUUUCCUGGUGGAUUCCGCCUUAAUAUACCGGAUAAUUAUCAUGUACACUCUAAAAUGGUUCAUUAUCACAGAAAGGGCUAAACAUUCUGAUAUAUUCUGCGUUAAAGUUAUGUUUCUUCAGUAUAAUUAGAAACACUUACAAGCCCAAGGUUUGUAACAAAUUUAAGGGUUUUUUUAGGUAAAGCGCACUCAGAAGCUUGUAAUGCUGUUGGUCGCCUUUCUUUAGCAUGCAGCUGGUUUGGUANUACAUCUUACACAUGAAAUUUUCAGAAUUUUACAUGUGUAAUCAAAAUUCUUGUGAAAUUUGACAUUCAUUUUCUCGGACUUCCAUGAGAAAUUUUCUUUGGUGUUAUUACAGAUGAUUUAUUACAUCUUUAGUGCUUGAAAAAGAUAAAAAAGAAUGCAAUAUUCUUUAAAUUAUUCUGCUUCAAGGUUUUUGUCCACAUAAAAUUAUAAUUUCCUGGUGGAUUCCGUCUUAAUAUACCGGAUAAUUAUCAUGUACACUCUAAAAUGGUUCAUUAUCACAGAAAGGGCUAAACAUUCUGAUAUAUUCUGCGUUAAAGUUAUGUUUCUUCAGUAUAAUUAGAAACACUUACAAGCCCAAGGUUUGUAACAAAUUUAAGGGUUUUUUUAGGUAAAGCGCACUCAGAAGCUUGUAAUGCUGUUGGUCGCCUUUCUUUAGCAUGCAGCUGGUUUGGUAAUCGGGGCCAAUGUCUCUGGUACUUGCUGUUUUGUUAGAUCUUGAACGGUCCUAGGCCUUUCGAAACAAGUUGCCAAACGAACAAUUGGAGCAAGAAAAUUUGUCAAAGAAAAAGACUGGCGUAUCUUAUUAUUCAAGCUGAUUUUCGCCUGAGCACUACGUUAUUCAUCUAACACGUCAUGUUUUGUUUGUGCGUCUGCUAGAUGGAUAGAUAUGACGAAAACAAGGACGGCAAAAUAGGACUAAAGGAAUUAGCCCAGUAAGUGUCGAUAAAUUAUUAUUUUAAACUUCACGCUCUUAAACUCGGCUUUUUUUUAACUACAGAAUUUUCCCUUGAUGCCAUUUUAAGCCAUUGAAACAAUGCUUGGUUGCCAGUGUUCGCAGGAACAAACUUCUUUUUUGUAUAAAGGAAGAGUUAGCUUAUCAGCAAGGACGACGAUGGCGAAUACGUAUCUUAAAAAGUGAAUUCACGCUGUUACGUUUCAAAAUUCAUCGUUCGGCUUAUUUUUUAUUAUUAUUACUAUUUUUUAUGUCAUUGAAUUUGACAACUGUCGGGAGUUGAAUUCUAAAGGACUGUAUCUAAGUUUGAAAAAAUAUAUUUUUUUUAUUAAAUCGUGUCUUUUGUUCGCUUCCUGCAGAAAACUUGAAAUUAGGCAGUUCCACGUCAUGGUCGUGCAACGACGGCAAAGAAAUGUACACAAAAUCGUGAAGCACGUGCCAAGUUGUUGUUUUGCUAAAAGGGAGCUUAUUAAGCAACGACGACAGCGACGUCAACGAGAACGUCAAAAAAGCAAUAGGCUUAGAUUGGCAAAACAACAACUUUGCACGUGCAUCACGCAUUUUUCUACAUUUUUUUGCCGUCACUGCACGACUACGACGUGAAAAUGCCUAAUGUCACUUUUUGUGGAGGACGUGAACACAAGAAAACGAUUUCCUUUUUCUUUCCCUGAAAUUUGAUAGUCUGAUAGAAUUCAAAUCCAGAAAAAAUUGCCAACAUUGAACGAAUUGAACGAGAUGGAAUAAACUUUGUAAGAGAAGUUUUCGUUGCCUUCACCAUCGUUGUUGCUUAAGCUCCCUAAUCUAAACCUAUUGCUUUUCUGCCGUUCUCGUUGCCGUCGGCGUCGAUGAUACUUAAGCUCACUAGCUGAUGGCAGCAAAACGUCAUAUGCAUGUAGUAAUUCUUCAAAACUUUAAAGCGAAAAUAUGUCUUCUUAUUAAAUUGAUGUAGGAAAAAGAUGAAGUUUACCCCUCAAAAGUAUUAAGGGUAUAAUAAUGUAUGCUUUUUUGCUUCGUGGACUUUCCUUUGAGUGAGAUACUUGUUUCGUAGUGCACACUGUUAUUUAUUCACCCACAACAUCAUGAUGUAAAGCUCAACAUAAAAACUACAUUAUUCUAGCCUUAGCAUCACUGUGUAUUCUAAGAAAACAUAGCAAAAUUAAGUGAAAUAUAAUUAUAUAUAACCACUAGACCAACAAACAGAUAUAAAAUAGAUUGUUCAGUGCCUCUUUUCUGUUUUUAGGAUCCUGCCUAAGGAAGAAAACUUUUUUGCGAACUUCCAGGUAUAUCGCCGCUAAAUAAAUAAAAUGAAUAAAUGUGUUAAUAAAAUUGAAAAGAUAGAAAUUAUACACAUACCUUGAUGAAGAAUGAUAAUGAAUAAAAUAAAAGGGAAUGCCGAAGUUCUGGCAUGUUCAUAUUAAACUAAAGAUUCACCACGCUUAGUCGGAAUUCCUGUAAGUGGACAAGUACAAGUUUCUACUUAAGUCGCAGGCUGGUUCACAUUUAUGCAUAGUCUAUUCCGAUCCAGUUCCGUCGUUUCUUCGCGCAUUUUCAACAAAAUCGUCUGUUUUUAACGAAAUCGUCACAUAUCAAGAGAACUGCGAUUGCUUGAUAACGUUCUAGCUAACUAGAGGAACGAAGACGACGAUAACGAAGACAUUAGCAAAUAAUAAUAAUAAUAAUGAUAAUAAUAAUAAUAACAAUAAUAAAGCAUCAUUUUUUACGCAAAACAAGAACUCUGAACGUGCAGCAUCCUUUAUAGGCAGAUGUCUUUGCCACAAUAGCACCGUCUGACGUUGUCAAACUAUGAACGCGGUCGUCGCUUUAACCCUUAAGAUUGUCAAAAUUUAGCGUUCUUUCUGAUUUUUCCUGACACAACUCAUAUGAAUUAGUUCUGUUCUGAUUAACUGAAGAAUAAGUUUGAAGUUCUUCCCACGGGAUUCAGAUCUGACUAAAUAAUAAUGAUAAUGAAAAAAGAAGAAAAAAUUGAUUGCGGGUUACUGAGAUCAUGACCAAAUGUAUGCGUCGAGGAGGUUAUCUUUGACUAAGUCUUUUCAACUGUGUCUGAUUUUUUCUGCAUUAGGGAAAGAAAGUCUUGUCAAGAGAUGAUUUUGAUGCUAUCUUUGACCAUUAUGACACGGUACGAUUUUAUGUUUUUGUACUAAGAGUAUAUCUUGACUUGCGUACCCGAUCAAGUCAGUGUUGCGGCUCAAAUCCUUAAUUCUCCUUAAUUUUCGCGGGUUCUUAAAUUCGCGAUUUUAAAAAAUUCGCGAACUUAAAGACCCGCGAAAAAUAACGACCGCGAACUUUGCUCUGGCGAAAUUUAAUGGACAUAGAAAAUCAUGUAUUUGUGUUUUCAAGGGUCCUAAACAAUUUUUAACACAAGGUGUUAGUACAAGGAGCUAUCAUCUAUCAACUUAAGAUGUUAAUGUUUAAAAUUUUUAAAAUUUUUCAAACUAAACUAGUGAGCAGCACUCUGCGAACUGUUGCUGUAAAACUUAUUUGUUACUUAUUUCAGCUAAAACCGUGGCCCCAAAGUUUUCUCACGCCUUGCGUGAAAAUUUCACAGCUGUGCCUGUUCCUUUUCGUAAAUCCGGCAAAAAAACCUUCAAGGUUUGCGACCAUCAUUAUUUUUAGUCAUAUAAUGGCUUAAAUACAGGCGUUUAGUACUUGAUUGUAAAACUCCCUGAAGAAGUCUACGAUAGUUAGACGAAACGCGUAGGAGAAUAAACAAGUUUUACAGCAACAGUUGGCAGAGUGCUGCUCACUAGUUUAGUUUUAAAAAUUUUAAAAACUGUCACAUCGCUAAAGGGUGGGAAAAGGCUGGCAUCACCCAACUAUUAGAGGAAUCGUUUAGUCUUCCCCCUGAGGAUCCAUUUGAAGAGAUUGAAGGUUAUAUUGAGAUCUCUUAGGAAGGACAUGUAACGAUACUCUCGAUACUCGAUAAUGACUCGGAAGAACAAGAAGACUUUUUUCAUUACUGUAAGACUGACUUUUGGAGGAAUACGGCUGCCGCUAAGGGACAGCAUAUUGGUUUUGCUUCAAUUGUUGAUGAACGUACAAUUUUUGUAAAAAAGAAAAAAUAAAGUCACUUAAUCGUCAAUUUCGCGAAAUUAAAUUCCCUGCAAACACAAUUUUUCUCCGCGAUCGCGAAAUUAAAGACUCGCGAAAUGUGCCGAGAAAAUUUUCGCGAAAUUUAAGUCCCGCGAAAAUAAAGGAGAAUAAGGUAAUAAGCAAUUCUCUUAAAAGAGCAAGUAGCGUCCAGCAAGAAAUUUACGUAUAUCUUCAAUGUCUGUCACUUAAGAGGAUACUGGUUACAGUGUAUGAGGACUGAAAUACUGCAUUGAAGACAAGUUGAUGUGGUGCCUAAAGUGUGGUCAUUAGUCAUCCUAGGCCGGUAAAAUCAACUUUGAUGAUAAUGUGAUUGCUUGUAUGCAAAGUGUCGCUUUAGAUUUGACGACGAGAACGAGUACGAGUACGAGUACGAGAUUUAACUUAACGUUUUGCGCGUGUUCUAUGAAGUAAUAAGUCCUCACCCGAUAGCAAAAUGAUAAAACUUCUUACAUUUGAUAACUUGUUCCCGCCACUACGACAUUCUCGCUAAAACGCGUAGUAGAAUGACGACGGUUACCACAUUUUCCGGCCAAAACGACGCUGGUUCACGGGCGCGCACUACUUAGUACUGAGAAAAUCUCGUACUCGUAGUCUUCCUCGUCUCAGAAUCUAAGGCUCUCUAAUAACUAUAAGUUCAAAAUUAAACUGCCUUCAGUUCGUGUGAACAGCGAAAAGAGAUGUCAAGGAGAAACAGAGACAGAGAGGCAGAUGGGGCAGGGAGUGAGAAUUAAAGAACCCUCUUCUCUCCCUCCUCCUCUCUUCCACCUUAUUUUUUCCGCUCUCUGACCGCUGUGCCAUAGUACUCGGUCUAAAAAACACAACGUCACUUUCGUAUUUUUUGUCAUACCGGGUUCAAUUAUUUUUCUUAAGUAGUUUGAAUUUCUACUAUCAUAUCCCUAAUACGUAUGAUUAAUUAAGUAAAAUCAUUUCUAUAUCUUUACAGGACAAAAGUGGUGAAAUUGAUAGUUCUGAGCUCUUAGUUCUAUUACGUGACGUCAUGAAAAAGAUGGGAUUGGUAAGAAUUGAUUGUUGUUUCUUAUUUAUGUAUUACACAAUGUUAUUAUUCAUUCUUCGUCUCGAUUAGCUCAAAUCCUCUUUCUAAUUCGCACGAAAGCGUUUACCAACUUUAAAGACGUUUACUGCAUCCGAUAAAAUGACGUCAAUACAACAGAAUAAAGGCCAUAAAGAGAGAGGAGGCAAGAAGUGUUAGGGACACGAUUGAGUUGUUUUCAGUUGGUAGAGCUGAAUAAAAUGGCAAAAUACUGUUAACACGUUUUGCGAAAAAGAAAUAGCCCAAUUACAUUCAACUCAAUGGAUAAAGAAGAAAUAUCUGCUUGACUAAACAUCCCUUUGUAUCCGUAAUUGACGGUCAGAAUGGGGUACCUCGAUAACACUAAAAACUUAAUUUUUUGGCUCUGUUUCAUAAAACAGUUAAAUUGUAGGCAUUUUAACACUAACAGUAAAAAAUUAUCCAGAAAGAAACAGAAACGGCUCCAAAGUUGUAAAACAUUUGUUUAAGACUUGGUCUUUUUGCUUACUUCAUCCAAUUCCAAAAAAAAAUUUCCACAGGAACCAGACAGUUGCCAGGAACUGGAAAAAAUGAGAGAUAUACUUCUGGGAGUCAGUGAUCGAGACAAGAACGGAAAACUUUCCCGAUGCGAGCUGGCACUGAUGUUAUCGGAUAUGAAUGAAUAA